AUGGAUGAGAUGAACUUUGAUUUAUGCCUGCUGAAGGAGGAGUUGGAGAAUAACUUACACACCAUGAAUUUGGAGCAGCAUGAACCAUUUGAUAAGGUGAUUAGUGCUGUAAAUGAUGAUGUUGGAGGCUUUUUUUUUAAUUUUGUGUAUCCAAAUUUGUUUCUAAAUUUAAACAAUGAGUUGUACUUCAGAGACAGAACAAUACUUGCCCCUACACUUGAGAUUGUCAACGAUGUUAACAAGCACAUAAUGAAAUCUUUAAUUGGAGAGGAGAAGACCUACCUUAGCUCUGAUUCAUUGUGCGCAGGGGAAGGUAACAUGGAAUCUAAAUUAGGUACAGUUACUCCAAAUGUUCUCAAUGCUAUAAAUUGUUCAGGCUUGCUGUCUCACCUGUUGACUCUUAAAGAAAGUAUACCAGUAAUGUUACUACGAAACAUUGAUUAA